AAAGAUAUAAAAGUCCGUAAUAAGUAAAAUAAUCUAAAUAUUGAUGUUAAAAUUUGUUAAAUCUUAGAUAUCUGUGUAUAUUGAGAUGUAAUCAAUGCUGUAUAAUAGUGAUAUUCUGUAAAUUUCAAAGAAAAGCAAAAUAAAAAUGGAAAAUUCGAAUGAAAUCUCAAUUCUGGAUAUCCUCGAGCUGGCACACAGCUUAAGGCAGGAGAAAUUAUCCAUCGAAACAGAAAUGAAUGACUAUUUUCGACUGCAAAUGAAAUUAAGUGAAAAUUCAUUCGAGGCUAUAAAGAAUGCCUGGAUCCUGCAAAAUCAUCGGGAAAAUUUAAAUAGUCUCAUUGUCUCAAAACCUGAAAAUCGACCAUCUCUUUGUAGUCAACGUGCUAUACAACUUGAGAAUAUCGAAUUUAUUGACGCAUAUAAAGAUCCAGUAGUAAAAUCUCAACAUUUGGCACUUUAUGUAGACUUUCUACGUUACAUCCAUCAGUCUCCACAAUUGAUAGCAUCUUGUUUGACUGCCGCUGAUGAAUUACCAACAUUGGGUAUCACAUCCUUCGGAAAUGCUACAAAGGCAGAACAAAUGAGUCAAAUUGCUCAAAUCAUAUCAGCUGGCUUAUAUGGAAAUUCAAUUCACGGAAGGGAUGUAGAAAUGAUGUUAAAAUUGUUAGAUAAAUUAUUAGAAGUGAAAAUAGCUACAACUGAUGAUCCACGACGAUUAUUACGUCAAAAUUCGUCAUCAUUUGCACGACUUUAUCACAAAUUUCAUGAAUCUUCCUUAUCUUCUAAAUUAUUCCUUACUGCUACGCUACACGAGCCUGUUAUGUCCGUAUUAAUUAAUGAUACAGUUAUGUUAAAUGUUGAACAAGUAUCGGGAAUGGAGGAAAUUAAUAGAAUCAAUCGAAUUGAAAUGAUUGACGCACUUUAUACUUUAUCAAGUAGAUUCGUUGAGUCGUUAAGUGCAAACUGGAUUAUAUUUCCAUCAACAAUUCGAUGGCUCGUUCAAACAAUGUCAAAAUAUUUGCACAGUAAAGGUUGUGACUCGAAUGUUAUUCUCGAGAUUUUGACUGAUAUGGUUUUUGGACAUUUUAUAUGUCCAGCAUGUACAAAUCCGAAUCUCUAUGGCAUCACAGAUGCUCCAAUUUCGGAAAAUGCUCGCUUUAAUCUGAUACAAAUUGGUCAAAUCCUACAGACAAUGGCACUGGCCAAGCAUCAAAAUGUCGAUAAGAAAUUUAUGGAUUUAUUUGAUAAAUUCGAUAAAAAUAUAAUCUCAAAUAUGAUGGAUAGACUCUUAGAGAAUACAUAUGACAUCAGUGAAAUGGGAUUGUCACAUCAAUUGCCUACACUCUAUAAUAUUGGUAGAAGUAGCAUUUUAAUCACACAUUCGGAAUUGACUUUAUUCUUACAAUUUUUACGUGCAUCUGUUGAACAUUUGGAACCGUCUGAAAAGAAGAAAUUAAAGUCUAUGCUUGAUAAUCUUCCAGCAUUAUUUGAUCAAGCUAUUGCUCGCGUACAGAAUGGAAUAAUUGAGACAUCACCAAGUAAGAAGUCUAAAUUAAUGGGAAAAAUUAAUUCAAAGAAAAUUGUCAAGAACACUAGUGCAUCGUCAUUAAAUUCCGAGGAUAUGAAUGAUCAAGGCUCAUUUGAUGACUCAUCCGAUCGCGUUCUUAUCAUUCCAUUAUCAAUUUAUGAGAAUUCAAACAAAAUGCGUCCACUGUCAGAAGAUGAGGUAUUAAAUAUGAAUCAAGUGUCAAGUGAGCGAUCUGACACGAAUUCAUUGACCGAGAAGAAUAUUGAGGAAUUAAGUCGACAUAAUAAUACGAAUAACGAUAAGGUUGACAUUAAUAAUGAUGAAACGAGUAAGGAGAAGCCAGUUAAAUUCAUAUUAAAUCCAGAUGAUGUUUCAAUUGGAAAUACAUCAGAUAAUUUGGAACUAGAAGCAGUAAGUGAGGCACCGAGUAAUCAUUCUGUUGCAAGUUCACUUGAUUUAGAAGAGAAUAAUGAUAAUUUAUCAGACAUGGUUUCGGCAAAUGUUUCUGGGCGUGGAACGCCCAAUAUUUCAGGCCGUGACACGCCAUCUUCACAAGUUAUUGAUGUCCUUGAAGUUCAGCAAAUUCCAACGCCACAAAUGGCUAAAAUUAUCAAUAAAGCACGCAACGAUAUUGACGAUAAAUUCUGUAAAUUUGAAAUCAAAAAGUUAAUUGGGGGUGAUGAAACUAUAUCGAUAAUAAGUGAUACAUGGAGCACAGACGUUCUAGCUAGUGAUUCGGAAACAAUUGAGGCAAAUGAGAGAAACUUUUCUACUCCAUUAAUUCCAUCGAUUAUUCCUGAUUCCUUUCAAUUGCGUACGAAUAAUUUCGACAUUUCUGAAACUCAAUCGGAAUCUGCAUGGUCCACAGAUGUCUUAAUUGCUAGCGAUUCGGAAAAGAAUGGUGAAAUUGAUAAUGAGGAUACACAAAGUAUAACAACGAGAUCUGAUAUUACAGAUUCAAUAACGCCUAGGGAUCAAGAAGUUCCAAAUGCUAAUCACACUCCAGAUUCUCCAUUUUAUACUCCAAAUAGAGUUCCAAAUAUUAAUUUCCGACCAAUUGAUCCAUCAAAUAUUACGCCACGUACGCCAGACAGUCCUUUCUCUUUCCGCAGCACUGAAGAUUCACCACGACCAAUGGAACCAAUUCCGUUUCCUAGAAAUCGCAAUAUUAAUCGAGACAUGUCUGGAUCAGCAAGAAAUAAUCAAAAUGGAAUUUUUGGAUCCAAUUUUAAUUAUUUAUCCACAACAUCAUCAACCAUAACUUCAGUACAUCGACCAUUAAGACAGCAUUCAAAUGAGAGUCAAACGAGUGAGCAGGAACCGAAACAGCAUAAAUCACCGUCACGCGAGAAGAAAAAUAAGAAAGAAUUUAUUGAUCAGCAACAGCCAUUGAGUGUUUUUCGUGUAUCUGAUCCAAAUCUUGAGAAUUUCACUUCCGAUAAUGAUCCAGCAGCUGGAAAUAGAGUCAUAAAGACGAGUAUUAAUUUAAUUAAUCCUUUUAUGUCAUCAACAAGUAACAGCAAUUCACAAGAUCAAGUUAAAUCACUGACAGUAGAUGAACCAGUUGAGCAUCGUAGAUUAUCGGAUGAACAAAGGUCAAUGAGUUAUGAUUCGCGACGUAAUGGAAUGAUUGAUUUGCCUUCAUCACCAAUUAUCUUAUCAAGAUCAGAUAAUCCAUUUGAUAUACAGCUGAAUGCCCCAAAAUCACAACAAUCUGUUCAAAAGGCUAAUUCCAUUGACAUUGAUGGAGAUUUAUGUGCUAAAGCUGAGAAUUUAAAAUUAACUGAUAGUGGACCGACAUCUAGUGGAACUGUCUCUAAAAUAUCUAAUGGAAGUGUCAAAAAUCAUAAAGUGACUGGUGCUAUUCCUAAAAGUAUCAGUUUUGAUUCGACAGCAGAUAAAGUCGAAAAGAAUCAUCACCGACGAUCUGACGUAAACAGGCACAGCAGUCAACAUACAUCAACUGGAAUUUUCAAUAAAAUUAAGCAAGGCUUUAGAAGUAAGCGUGGAAAGGGAAGGAAUAGUAUUGAUGAAGCUUUAAAUAAUGAUCUUGUUCAAAAUGGAAAUGCGUCUGGAAAUGGAUUUAUUGAAGCUAUUCAAACUGAAACAUCAGAUGAUAUUCUCGCUAAAUAUAGACGCAAGCCUUCAUCAUCGUCUGACGCAGCAACAUCAGAUUCUGCUGGAAGUAAUAAUUCGAGUUCCUUAAAAAGCAAAAGUUCUGAUAACGAAAAUCGUUUAAGUAGCAUUUCAAACAACACUCGAGAAACUGAUUAUUUCAACAAUGCGAAACGAAAAUUGCGUUUAGUGCUCUCAACUAGCGAUUGUCAUGCUUGCGAUGUACGAAAUAAUAACGCAUCAACUGAAUCGCCAUUAUUAAGCUAUCUUCAAAUGCAAUUAGCACAAGCAAUGAAUCAACAAAAUUUCCAACAACUAUCAUAUGUGCAUGAAGUGCUUCGAAGUUUGAAUUCUUUGGACGCUAAUGCACAUUAUAAAUUGAUUGAGGAACUACAAAAGGAUCUUGUACAAAGGCAGAGCUACUUACAGUAUCUCAUAAGAUUAAGACAAGAUCUUUUAUCAACGAUUGCAACAAUUGACAAUUUCCAGAAGCGCCUUCAAGUUGAUCGGGAAAUGACCAAUAGACAUCUCGUCAUGGUCUGUGUUAGGAUGUUUAUGGAAAAGCGAGAACCAUUUUUGAUCGAAUUUCAAGAAGAAUUUAAUUUAAAGCCAGCUGCUGAUGAAAAAUUGGAAUUUAUGGAAGAAUUUAUUGCUAGACUUAUGGAAGGCUUAAAAAUUGACAAUAUAUCGCAAGGAAUGAAUGAAUGGCAACUGAUAGAAGCAAGGAACUGUAUUGAAAAAAUUCUACUUCAACGACUUUAUCAGCAAGUCAUGUUUCCGAAUGAUGAUGUUGAUAUUUCUAACGAUCAGCUUUUGCACAACUGCAUCAAGAAGCUUGGAAGAGUGAUUUCACCGUCACAUCCAGGAUUGAAAAUACCACAUCGAUAUUUGAAUGAGUCCCCAUGGCCUUUUGCACAAAAGCAAAUUUCCUACAUUUCUGCUUAUAAAACUCCACAAGAAAAAGUUCAAUGUGUUGUUAGAUGCAUCCAAUCAAUAAUGUAUUUGUUGAAAAUGGCAUCAAAUCAAGAGCCAGCAGCUGACGAUCUUGUUCCAGUUUUAAUUUAUGUCAUAAUAAAAGCUAAUCCACCUUAUUUACAAAGCACGAUAAAUUAUGUUGAAUGCUUCAUGGGAAAUAACUUGGAAGGCGAGGAUCUCUAUUGGUGGACACAAUUUUCUACUGCAAUAUUAUUUAUAAAGACGAUGAUUGAGAGAAUGGAGAAAACAGGUCGCAAUGAACAUUGUGAAUAAUUAUUUGAGCUAUAACUUUAUUUUUUCUGUUACUUCUUUAACUACUUUUGAAAAUUUUUGCGCGAGAUGUCAAAAGGUGAUAACUGUUUUUAUUACUGACACAUAAUAUAUAUAUUAUUAACCAGAUUUUGCAUAUACUAUAGGAAAAAUUAUUUCUUUUUCUUCGUCAGUGUCUCUCAAAAUUGAGCUGUAAUGUUGAGAGUCUGAAAAUUGAAAAAUGCUUAUUUUUGUAUUAUACGAAAAAGUGAAAAAAAAAUAUUAAUUAUUUUUAUAAUCUUCUUCAAGUUAUAUUCGCGAAAAUUGUAUAAACUAAUAAAUUAUAUAUUUAACAAUGUAUAUAGGACUAUCAUAAGAUCAAAAAUAUUUUUUGUAAUUAUAGAAAAUUACAAAUUCGCAAACAAUAAAUUAUUAAUCUCUUAAAUAACGGUCUUUUUGUGAUUUGAAUUCGACUUUUGUUGGCAGUAUUUUUGAAAACUUUCUCUUUUGUGAUACUUUGUCUGUCUGUCUGUGCAAUUUGCUUUAACUGAUAUUUUCAUUUUGAAUUUUCAGCUAAUUUGAAUAAGUUUGUACUAAAAUUUCAAAUUUUUCAUAGCUGUUUAAAUUUUUGAACUCU